AUGGCCGACAAUGCUACUUACCUCGCUGAAUACAAUGGCGGAGCCCUAGUGGGCACUGCCGUGUCUUUCUUGAUUUUGACCUUCUUCUCCGUCGGGUUACGCACAUAUGUCCGAGGCGUGUUGACAAACAGCUUCAUGGCCGACGACUGGCUCAUGCUGGCUGCUCAGGUCGUCUUCACCAUAUCGUGCACGUUUAUACUGCUCGGCGUCGACACAGGGCUAGGGAGGCACAACAAGGCAGUUCCGCAGAACCAGGAGAUACAAGCACUCAAGUGGCAGGCCCUAGCAACAGCGACAUAUGUCCUCAACAUGAUGUUCAUCAAGCUGUCGAUCGGCUUCUUCCUCCUGCGGCUGGCGGUGCAGAAGCGCUAUCUGUACACCAUCUACGGGACCAUGUUCGUUGUCUUGAUCUGGUCGCUGGCCUUGUGGUUCUGGGAUAUAUUCCAGUGCAGCCCCGUCCAGGCACAGUGGGACUACACCAUCCCGAACCUCAAAUGUGUGUCGGCGCAGGAGGUUGUCAAUGCGGCCUACGCAUUGUCCGUCAUGACCAUCGUCACGGACUGGCUGUUCGCGCUGCUGCCGAUACCGAUGAUCUGGCACGUCAAGAUGAGCCCGCAGGCCAAGGCUACGGUCGCAUCCAUUGCGACCCUGAUCAGGCUUAAGUUUCUCUCCGACCUAACGGACACGUCCGAUAUUCUGUUCGCCGGAACCGACGCGAUGGUCUGGACCCUCGUCGAACCGGGCGUGGCGAUAGUCGCGUCAAGUCUCGUCACCAUCCGACCGCUUCUCCGCAAAAUGCGCCUCAAGGGCUUCGAGUCCACGGAGCGGAGCCGUGGCCUGCAGUACACGGGCCAGAGCGGCAGCCUCGGCGCCACAGGGGGUUCCAGAGGGGGAGCCACCACCCGGUCGGGCCAGCGACGGGCGGGCGGGAUGCCAGGCUACGGGCGCGGCAGCAGCAUCAAGCUCACUGACUUGGAGCCCGGGUUCGGCGGCGGCGGCGGCGGUGGCAAGGGCGGCGGUGGCUACUGGUCUCAGGGGACGACGCUUACCUCCAGGACGUCAACGCACGCGGGCAGGAACGGCUGGGGUGUCGGGGUGGCGGUUACGGUGCGUGAGGACGACGAGGACACCGACAGGAUAUCGCCUGUAGUUGCGGGCGGCGGGCACGGGCAUGGGAGGAGCGGCGUGUCGACGCCCGAAAGCGACGUUUUUGUCAUUGAGGGCCCGGCGAGAACACAGCAACCCGGGCAGGCCGCGGGCGCGUGGAGGAGCGAGACGCCCACGAGCGCCGAGGAGUCGGAGCAUAGCCAGGGGCUGAGAUACCCUGGACACUACGGUGCUGGCCCUCGGAGGGUGUCGCCGCCUGACUUCCCCAUACAAAAUCCUCGAUAG